GCCCGCGAGCUCGCUGGUGUGGAGCGCGCCGGGUCCCCGAGCCGGCGGCCUGAGGGAUGGACGAGACGAGCCCGCUAGUGUCCCCCGAGCGGGCCCAACCCCCGGAGUACACCUUCCCGUCGAGCUCAGGAGCUCACUUUCCGCAGGUGCCGGGGGGCGCGGUCCGCGUGGCGGUGGCCGUCUCCGGCCCGUCUCCGCCGUGCUCGCCCGGCCACGACCGGGAGCGGCAGCCCCUGUUGGACCGGGCCCGGUGCGCGGCGGCGCAGGGCCAGACCCACACGGUGGCGGCGCAGGCCCAGGCUCUGGCCGCCCAGGCAGCCGCGGCGGCGCACGCCGUUCAGACCCACCGCGAGCGGAACGACUUCCCGGAGGACCCCGAGUUCGAAGUGGUGGUGCGGCAGGCCGAGGUGGCCAUCGAGUGCUGCAUCUAUCCCGAGCGCAUCUACCAGGGCUCCAGCGGAAGCUACUUCGUCAAGGACUCUCAGGGGAAGAUCGUUGCUGUCUUCAAACCCAAGAAUGAAGAGCCAUACGGGCACCUUAAUCCUAAGUGGACCAAAUGGCUACAGAAGUUGUGUUGUCCUUGCUGCUUUGGCCGUGACUGCCUUGUCCUCAACCAGGGCUAUCUCUCAGAGGCAGGGGCUAGCCUGGUGGACCAGAAACUGGAACUCAACAUUGUACCCCGUACAAAGGUAGUAUACCUGGCCAGUGAAACCUUCAACUACAGUGCCAUUGACCGAGUAAAGUCCAGGGGCAAGCGGCUUGCACUAGAGAAAGUGCCAAAAGUUGGGCAGCGGUUUAACCGUAUCGGGCUACCACCUAAGGUCGGGUCAUUUCAGCUCUUUGUUGAAGGCUACAAAGAUGCAGACUAUUGGCUACGGCGUUUUGAAGCAGAGCCUCUCCCUGAGAACACUAACCGACAACUACUGCUGCAGUUUGAGCGGCUGGUGGUGCUGGACUACAUCAUCCGCAACACUGACCGAGGCAAUGACAACUGGCUGAUCAAAUAUGACUGUCCAAUGGAUAAUGCUAGCUGUCGGGACACAGACUGGGUGGUGGUGAAGGAGCCUGUUAUCAAAGUGGCUGCCAUCGACAAUGGCCUGGCUUUUCCACUGAAGCAUCCUGACUCCUGGAGGGCAUAUCCUUUUUACUGGGCUUGGUUGCCUCAGGCGAAAGUCCCAUUCUCUCAGGAGAUCAAAGAUUUGAUUCUUCCAAAGAUUUCAGACCCUAACUUCGUCAAGGACUUGGAGGAGGACCUAUAUGAACUCUUCAAGAAAGAUCCUGGUUUCGACAGGGGCCAGUUCCAUAAGCAGAUUGCUGUCAUGAGAGGCCAGAUCCUAAAUUUGACCCAAGCCCUAAAAGACAGUAAGAGUCCGCUGCACCUCGUCCAGAUGCCACCAGUGAUUGUUGAGACGGCCCGCUCUCAUCAGCGGUCUGCAAGCGAAUCCUACACACAAAGCUUUCAGAGUCGGAAGCCCUUCUUUUCAUGGUGGUAGCCCUAGAAGCAGGCAGAAGAAAUCUGCAGGUGACAGGUUGGGAGGAAGCCUGGAGACCCAGGUUCCAGGAAGCGAGAGAAGCUGGUCCACAGCAGAGCCUUUCUGAGCCCUUCCUCUCCACUUGCCGCCUCCCUCAGGGCUUUCCUACCCACAGGGAGAAGCACAAUCAGGGACAAGAGUGCUCCUGGACCUUCAGGGUGUUGGGAAGGCUGGUGUCCAGGCAAGGAGCCCAGGUGGCUGAGGGGGAGCAACUUCCUCCCAGCAUUUGUAGGCAGGUUGGGAAAGUCCCAUCUCCCUGACAACCCUCUACAUCCAGUUCCCUAUUAUAUUCUGCAUCAGAAAGAAACAAAACAAAAACAUCAGAAACAAAUUGAAAUGCUUAUAGGAAAACCCAGAUUAGAUC